GGGGGCGGAGCCGGAAGUGGUUGCGUGUGGCGUCACCGCGCACGGCUCCCGGCUGGCGUCACCGGAAAGAAGAAGCCGGUUGUUCGUGAGGGCGAAGAGAAGAAGGGCAGGAAGUGAGGCGGGAGAUUCACGGCCGUGUGCAGGUGUGCCCUUCCUACGUCAGCGUUCCUUCUGACUGCAUCAUAACCAGCAAGGAGAACAACUGAAGGCUCUUCCCGAGGGCCUGGUGUAGCCCGUCACCGCACAGGUCAUGCUGAGGAGCUGCCGUUGGCUGGCCAAGGGGCUCGCUCGCUGGGCGGCCCCCAGUGAUGCCUCGCGGGUGGUAGCCGCGUCCGAGGGAGCCUUGCAGUAUUCCUCCCUCAUGUCAAUCUGGAAUCCCACACUCUUGCUCUCUCAGUCUGAGAAGGCGAAGGACCAUGCCCUCCCUAACUGUAGCUGGAGCCAGGAAAUGUUGCAUCAGUUCAACAAAUUUACAGAGAUGGUAGAAGGCGGAACAUGGAAAAAGCUGCCUUCUUAUCGGCAUACUCUGGAACACGUUCCAGAAAAGAUAAGGCAAGAGCACAAGUUGGAGAAGGACACACGCGCACGUCAUUUCCUCAGGAACGUCGACAUUGAAGGCAUGGGCUUUGAAUAUGCCAUGUUCUUCAACCCGUCAGAGCAAAGGAUGGUGUGCGUCUUCCAGCCAGGAAUUUAUCUCGAGGGACAUCCAGGGUUUGCCCAUGGCGGCUCCACAGCCACCAUUCUGGACGCCACGUUUGGGUCCACUGCUAUCUGCGUUGCCGGCAGGGUGAUGACCGCUAACCUCACCAUCGACUACAAGAGCCCCAUCCCUCUGGGCUCUGUAGUCCUAGUGAAGUGCAAGCUGGACCGGACGGAGGGCAGGAAGUUGUUCUUCACCGGCGCAGUGCGGAGCGUUGACGGGCAGACCCUCCACGCGGAGGCCACGGCUCUGUUCAUCCAACUGCAGUCAAAGAAUCCCUCCAGUGAUAAUCAGAUGCCAAGUCGCCCUCCUGAGCCUGCCCGCGGGAGCUAGUUCUUCGCCUGAAACCAACGCCUUGAGCAACGUUCCUUGUCUCUUUCACCUCUUUGAAUCCCAAUCGUGCCUCUUCUCCUGUCCCGUAUCCCGUGGUUGAUGCUGCCUUCGGGUUAUGCUUGUUACCCAGAAUGACCGGUGCUGGUGUCUGGGAGACCUUCCGUGCGCCCGGCCUCUGUGCCCUAGAGGGUGACCUCUGUCCAUCCAAACAAAGCCAGCCUUCUGCACUUAUUCAAGGGCAUCUCCGUCGUCUCCUGCGUAUCUGUCUUCCUUUGUUCUGCCAACUCUCCCAUUUCCUUGGCAACAUGCCUGCUCUUCCCAGAAAGAAAAUCUUCCUCGGACUGCACGUGUGUGGAUAUUGUGAUCCUGGAAAGAUGGGUUCUUUUGUAUAUACAAGAUAGCCCGUUGUCCCAGAUGAAAGAAUUUGGACCAAAUCAUACUUAACCUGGUGCAGUCUCUUCUGGGAUGGAUAAGAAAGUUUUCUUGAAGGUAGCAUUUAGUAUGCAGAGAAAACUUCUGAUAAGUGAGGUGGCGUAUUAAUAUAUUCACGUGGACCCAGGUUAACUCUUUGCAACAUGGUUACUUUGUGAGUAUGGAAGGUACGCUCUGCAUUCCGGCUUCCAGCAAGUCCGGGGGCACUUUUAGACGUACAAAAGACAGCAAGGCGGCUCUCAAAACAGCUGUAAAAGCCAAAUAAAAAUGAAAAAAAGUCAGAUCAGUUCCCAAUAAAUGUGUGUGUUUCUAAUAGGUUUCGAGAGACGUCAUCGAGGGCAAUUGACGUUCUUUCAAGCUUUCAAAUCAGACUCUGAGUUCUGUGCUUCUAACUCACUCGCUGGAACUGUUAGAAAGUUCCAAUCUUACAAACUACAAGCCUUUCUUUGGAGAUCUAUAUUUGACUUUACACCUGAAUGUUUGGGACGUGGUUCUUCUCGAACAGCCGAGCUUCACUGGAAAAGCUGCCUUACGGGUAUUUUUGGCAGUGCAGGAUUAAUUCCACUUGGUUUACAAGAGGCUGUUUUGUAAGCAAACUCUCACCACGAGGCUUGAAAUCCUUCGCUGUUUAUGUGGUCUUAGCAAUGCGCCUCCUCAUUCCCAUCGAGAGGCAGAGGAGAAAUAUAACCAAGACGUAGAGAGCGAGAGAAAAGAAUUUCCAACAGAGGAAACGCUGCUAUAUCUUCCAUUUUAACAAAUGAGCGUUUAAACAGAUAAGUAAAUAGUGAACGACUUCCUUCUUCCGAAAGAGCACUUAAUAUUACUGUUAUUUAUUCUUUUACCGACAGGGUAUUCUUUAUAGGCUGGAUUGGUUAGCUCUGUGUUGGAGAUGAGAUUCCGUUUGUGUGUGCGUCUAUUUGAGAUCAUUUUUUUUAUUGUUCUAAUGCUGUAAUUCCUUACAAUGUAAUUCAAGCCACGUAAUUGCCUUUAGUACGGACAGUACAUUCCCCGUGUUCUUCUCCAUCUAUGAUUUUAACUAUGCCCAUCCAUCUUUUCUGGGGCCUUGGGAACAUGUACCUUUCCCAGGGUACCCAAUAUUCCUAAUAAGGAUAUUGGGUGCCUUGGGAAAUAUUUUCCCUAAUUCCAGCUAAGCUGCUGUACCAUCAUUCCCGCCAUUUGUGGGCUGGGGACAGAGGGUUCGGAAGUUCUCCGCAGGGUUGUGAGAAGCCCAGUUACAAAUAAAUGAAGGAGGCGGGUGGAUUCCCCC